CGCCGGGGAUGGAGCGGACGACGGCAGUGAACCCCUGGGACUUGGGGGUCAUUGGGGGGUACUUCCUCCUCGUCCUCGCCGUGGGGCUCUGGUCGCUGCGCCGCGGCAGCCGCAGCUCCAUCAGCGGGUACUUCCUGGCCGGGAGGAGCAUGGCCUGGGGGCCCGUGGGGGCGUCGCUCUUUGCCAGCAACAUCGGCUCCGGGCACUUCGUGGGGCUGGCGGGGACGGGGGCGGCCGGCGGCAUCGCCGUGGGGGGCUUCGAGUGGAGCGGCAUGUUCAUCGUCCUGCUGCUGGGCUGGGCCUUCGUCCCCAUUUACCUGCGGGCGGGGGUCACGACGAUGCCCGAGUACCUGGGGAAGCGUUUCGGGGGGGGCCGGAUCCAGCUGUACCUGGCGCUGCUCUCCCUGGGGCUCUACGUCUCCACCAAGCUCUCGGUGGACAUGUACUCGGGGGCCAUCUUCAUCCAGGAGGCGCUGGGCUGGGACCUCUAUGCCGCCGUGGGGGCCCUGCUGGCCGUCACCGCCCUCUACACCGUCACCGGCGGGCUGGCGGCGCUGAUGUACGCGGACCUGGUGCAGACCCUCAUCAUCGUCGUGGGGGCCUCCGUCCUGGCUGGCUACGCGCUGGGCGCUGUGGGGGGGUACGAGGGGCUGGUGGAGCGUUACCCCCUGGCGCUGCCCCCCAACGUGACGGGUCCCUGCGGGCGCCCCCGCCCCGACGCCUUCCACCUCCUGCGACACCCCAGUACCGGCGACCUGCCCUGGCCCGGCCUCCUGCUGGGACUGGGCAUCAUCUCCGCCUGGUACUGGUGUACUGACCAGGUGAUCGUGCAGCGGUGCUUGGCCGGCCGCUCCCUGACCCACGUCCGCGCCGGCUGCGUCGUCUGCGGCUACCUCAAAGUGCUGCCCAUGUUCCUCAUGGUGCUGCCUGGCAUGGCCGCCCGCGUCCUCUUCCCCGAGGUUGUGGGGUGCGCCGACCCCCAGGGCUGCCGCCGGGCCUGCGGGACCCCCGUGGGCUGCUCCAACGUCGCCUACCCCCGCCUCGUCCUCACCCUGCUGCCCCCCGGCCUGCGCGGGCUGAUGCUGGCGGUGGUCCUGGCCGCCCUCAUGUCCUCCCUGGCCUCCAUCUUCGCCAGCGCCGGCGCCCUCUUCACCCUCGACGUCUACCAGCGCCUGCGCCCCCACGCCGGGCCCCGGCACCUCCUGAUUGCCGGCAGGCUGUGGAUCGUGGCCAUGGUGGGGCUGAGCCUGGCCUGGCUGCCGGUGGUGGAGGCGGCGCGGGGGGGGCAGCUCUUCGACUACAUCCAGGCCAUCGCCAGUUACCUGGCCCCCCCCGUGGCCGCCGUCUUCUUCCUCGCCAUCUUCGUCCCCCGCGUCAACGAGCCGGGUGCCUUUUGGGGUCUCCUGGGGGGGCUGGGGCUGGGCCUGGCCCGGCUGAUCCCCGAAUUCGCCCUGGGGACGGGGACGUGCGGGACCCCCGGCCGUUGCCCCCCUUUCGUCUGCGGCCUCCAUUACCUCCACUUCGCCGCCCUCCUCUUCCUCGUCACCGGCCUCAUCGUCAUCAUCGUCUCCCUUUGCUACCCCCCCAUCCCCCGCCAACACCUCCACCGGUUGGUGUUCAGCCUCCGGCACAGCCGGGAACCGCGGGUUGACCUUGACCAAUCAGCGCCCAAGGAUGGGGCUGGUGGAGUCCAGCUCCGGGAUGUGGAGGCGGAGCCAUCUGGCCGCGGGGCGGAGCCUGUUGGCCAAAGGGCGUGGCCAUCCGGGCCAGGGGGCGGGGCGGUGCCCCCGGACACGCCCGCCGAGGACCCGGUGUGGAGCCGCGUGGUGAACGUCAACGCCGUGAUCCUGAUGGCCGUCGCCGUCUUCCUCUGGGGGUACUUCGCCUGAGACACCCCCCCCCAACCAAAAUCCUCUGAAAUGCACUGAAAUGCCCCAAAAUCACCCCGGAACACCCCCAAAUCAGCCCUAAACGCACCAAAAUAACCCCCAAAUGGCCCCAAAUGAGCCUAAAAUACCCCAAAAUGAGCCUGAAACGCCUCAAAAUCCCCCAAAAUGAGCCUGAAAUCCCCCAAAAUGAGCUUGAUCCCACCCCAGUUUUGCCAAAAUGCCCCAAAAUAGGACAAAACUGGCCCAAAAAGUGACUAAAAUGCCCCAAAAUGGGCCUCAAAAGCCCCCACAUGAGCCCAACCCCCCAAUUAUGCCAAAAUGUCCCAAAAUAAGACAAAAUCAGCCCAAAAAGAGACUAAAAUGUCCCUGAAAAGUCCCCAAAUGAGCCUCAAACCCCCCCAACGACAUCAAAACGCCCCCAAAUAAGCCAAAACCGGCCCAAAAAGAGGCUAAAUUGCCCCAAAAUGAGCCUGAAAUACCCCAAAAUGAUUCAUAAUGUCCCAAAAGUGAGCCCGAAGCCCCCAAGUGAUGACAAAAUCGGCCCAAAACAAGACUAAAAUGCCCCUAAAUGAGCCCCAAAUGCCUCAAAACCCCCCAAAAUGAGCCUGAAAUACCCCAAAUUCCACCAAAAUGGCUCAACCCCCCCCAAUUCAUCCAAAUUCCACUCAAAUGCCUCAAAAUUCCCUGAAUUUUCCCCAGAAUGCCCCAAUUCCAGAAAAAAACCUCAAAAUGCCCCAAAUCACCUCAAAUCCCCCCAAAUCCCCCCAAGUCUACCAAAAUGCCUCAAAAUCCCAUCAAAUUCCCCUCAAAUGCCCUAAAUUCUACCAAAAUGCCUCAAAAUCCUCCAAAAUGGCCCAAAUUCAACCAAAACACCUCAAAAUCCCCCAAAUUCCCAUCAGAUACCACAAAAUCCACCAAAACACCUCAAAACUCUCCCAAAUUCUCCCAAAAUACCUCAAAAAUUCCCCCAAAUUUCCCCUCAGAUGACCAAAAUUCCACCAAAAUGCAUCAAAAUUUCCCCAAAUUCCACUAAAAUACCUCAAAAUUUGCCCCAAAUUUCCCCUCAGAUGCCCCAAAUUCCACCAAAACACCUCAAAAUUCCCCCAAUUCUGCCAAAAUACCUCAAAAACUCCCCCAAAUUUCCCUGAAAUACCCCGAAUUCCACCAAAAUGCAUCAAAAUUUCCCCAAAUUCCACUAAAAUACCUCAAAAUUUGCCCCAAAUUUCCCCUCAGAUGCCCCAAAUUCCACCAAAAUACCCCCAAAUUCCCCCAAAUUCUGCCAAAAUACCUCAAAAACUCCCCCAAAUUUCCCUGAAAUACCCCAAAUUCCACCGAAAUGCAUCAAAAUUUCCCCAAAUUCCACUAAAAUACCUCAAAAUUUGCCCCAAAUUUCCCCUCAGACGUCCCAAAUUCCACCAAAACACCUCAAAAUUCCCCCAAAUUCCACCAAAAUACCUCAAAAACUCCCCCAAAUUUCCCUGAAAUACCCUAAAUUCCACCAAAAUGCAUCAAAAUUCCCCCAAAUUCUGCCAAAAUACCUCAAAAACUCCCCCAAAUUUCCC